AUGUCCACCCGCAAGAGGAAGAACGACCCUGAGGAGGAGCUUCAGGCUCUCCCCAGCGACGAGAGCGAAGAGGAAGAAGAGUACGAAGACUCUGAACCCGACGUGAGCGACGAGGGCGAUGAAGACGAAGAGGAAGAAGGGGAGGAGGAAUUCGACGAAGACGAAGAAGAGGAAGAGGGCGAAGAUGAAGGUCCCCCAGCAGCCAAGAAGCGCAAGACUAAGCCUGCUGCCGCCGCGGCAGACGACGAGGUCGCUGCAAAUGGCGCCAAUGGCGAUGAAGAAGACAAGGAGGAAGAAGAGGAAGAGGAGGAAGAGGAAGGCGAGGAAGAAGGUGCUGGUGAUACUGCUAAGACUAGUGGUCCGGCACAGGCUGCCGCCAAGGCCAAGGGCGACCAGAUCCCUAAGGAAGCCGAUCUCGCUGAGGUGGAGGACGAGGGCGACGAGUAA